AUGCGAGUUUUUAAUCUCACGUCAUUAACCAUAUUAUUAGCGACGCUUUUGUUUGUGUCGGCGGCAGAUGAAAUCAAUUCUGAUAAAGAAGAUAUUAAUCGGCAAUUAACGUUAUACGAUGUAGACAGUGGCGAUGACGGGCAAAGUUUGACAUCUGGGCGGAAAGUUCGUCAAUUUGGUUUUCCUUUUCCUGGCUUUGGAGGAGGGUUUGGGGGGCCUGGCUUUGGAGGACCAGGUUUUGGAGGGCCUGGUUUUGGGGGACCAGGUUUUGGUGGACCUGGUUUCGGUGGUGGACGUGGAUUUGGAGGUGGCAGACGUGGAUUUGGAGGUGGCAGACGUGGAUUUGGUGGUCGUGAAGUAGUUCGUGAAAGAAUUCGUACCGUAGAACGUACUCGGGUGCGACAAAAUAAUGGAUUUGGAGGAGGAUUUUUUGGUUAG